AUGAGCUUCUACGACGUCUCCAUUGGCCAGGCCCUCGAGGUCCUCGACAGCCUGACUGCCAUCCUCAAGAAGGCCGAGGCCGCCCCCAACGCCGCCACCCUCCCCGAGGCGCGCAUCCACGAGGACAUGCUCCCUCUCUCGUUCCAGAUCUACAUUGUCACGGACCUGGGCACCAAGCUUGCCGCCCGCCUCACCGGCCAGGAGCCCCCCUCCAACGAGAACAACCUGAAGAGCUUUGCCGAGUUCCACGCCCGCAUCGCCGAGUCGCGCGCCGCCCUCGAAAAGGCCGACAAGAACACCAUCAACAGCCGCGCCAGCGAGGCCGUCACCGUUGGUCUCGGCCCCGGCAAGUCGGCCCAGAUGAACGGCCUCACCUACAACGCCGGCUACGCCACCCCCAACCUCUACUUCCACCUGGCUACCGCCUACAACAUCCUGCGCAAGGAGGGCGUUCCCCUGGGCAAGAUGGACUACCUCACCUCGUUCCUCGGCAAGCAUGUUGACCUGUAA